CUCUUACUCCUUUGCAUUGUUGAGUCCUCAAAUCGCAUCGAGCAUGGAUACAGAAAAGUUGGCUUCGCUCAAUCCUCCUCAAGGUGGCGAUACUGCUACAGAAGCUGCGCCACCCGUCAGUCUCUUCAAAAAGCGAUCUGCAAAGUCCAAAUCUAGCUUGCGCAAAAGACCUGCGACGCCGCCUCCAGCCUCCGAUUCAGACUCAGAUUACACAACGUCGGAGGAAGAAGGCGAAGAUGGACGAAAGAUUAAGAGAAGACGCAAGCAUGGUGGAGUCGUCACUGCAGGGGGUGCUGCGAAGACAAGCUCCGCCGGACUUGAAGCCAGCACAUUUACUGCAGAUCGGUCCGGAAAUAUUUCCUCCGCCAACGACGCUACCAAACAGUCAAAUUGGUUUGAUGAGAGCAAGGAAGACAAUGAUCAAAUGAGCGCCAAAGAAUUACUUGGCAGCACUCGUGUUCGACCCGCAGGCGGGGAAGAGGGCAAGAAUGACGGUCUCUACAAAGGAUCGGGCGCGUACCAGAGCUUCAUCCAGAAGAACCCAGACGCACCGAAUAAGCAAGUGGGACCUGUGAAGGCACCAACGAACAUUCGGACCAUUACCGUUACGGAUUACGCGCCCGAUGUAUGCAAGGACUAUAAGCAAACUGGAUUUUGCGGCUUCGGCGAUAGCUGCAAGUUCUUGCAUGCGCGUGAAGAUUAUAAACAAGGCUGGGAGCUAGAUCGAGAUUGGGAAAUAGGGACAAAAGGGAAGAAAGUCCAAGGAAAGGCGGUCUCGUCUGCCGCAAAACGGCGUGUUGGGGACAAUGACGACGAAGACGAAGAAGAUGAAGACGAUCUGUUGGAGAACAUUCCGUUUGCUUGCAUUAUCUGCAGGAAACCAUACAAGUAUCCGAUUACGACGAAAUGCGGACACUACUUUUGCGAGCCUUGCGCACUCCAGCGGUAUCGAAAGAACCCGUCUUGUGCCGCAUGUGGUGCGGGUACUGGAGGUGUGUUCAAUACCGCAAAGAACCUCAAGCGGUUGUUGGAUAAGAAGCGCGAGCGUGCUAGGAAGCGAAGGGAGAAGGCGAUUGCGGAAGGAGAAGAAGUGAGCAGCGAAGAGGAAGGGGAAGGCGAAGGAGGAGAUGAAGAAUGAUAGUGUCUUUUAGCAGAAUUGGGUUUAUUUGUCUCUAGGGUGGCGGAGAGAAAAGUUGCCUUCAAUUACUUUGCUUGCAUCGAGCAUCUUGGCUACUGAUAUAUCAUGUUAAUCUCGCUGGCGAGCAUCAAACACAUCAAUUUAGUCUUGUAAAUCUAGUUGAUAAAGAUUUAUUACAAUUUAUCCAUAUUAUUUGAACCAUG